GCGAAAAAGAAAAGCUGGUCUCCUUUUUAGGGUUAUCAGUUAUAUCACUGCAGCGGAGCGAAACCACGACGACGACGAUCUGAUUAAUCCCGAAAAAUCCAGCAAGAGAUAUUAUGGAUUAUGGAAGAAACGUGAUCUCUGAUUUCCUGAAGAAAGCGUAUGAGUUGGUGGAUGAUCCAUCAACGGAUUCUAUAAUCUCUUGGUCUCCCAACGGUUUGUCUUUCGUGGUUUUGAAGCCGCUCGAGUGUUCCAGAGAUCUUCUUACCCGCCGCUUACAAAUCACCAACUUCUCACCAUUUCAAUCAUAUGGAUUUAGAAAGAUUGAUAUUUCGCCUGGACAAGAAUUGGAAUUCGCGUGCGAUGAUUUUGUGAGAGGCAAGCCUGAGCUUUUGGACAAGAUUGCCCAACGCUAUCUGGCAAGGUUGAAAGCAUAUCAUGAUAGCAAAUAUGGGGAACUAGACAAACGACUGAAAAGUGCCACUACCAGGGAGGAGUAUGAGUUAGCCAUCAAGGAGCACAGGGAGAAAUGGGAAAGGGAGAGCAGGGACAGAAAGGCGAGAACGAGGGUCACAUCAACUAUACCGUAUCAAGAUUUCGCUUUUGGAAGAAACGACAUCUUUGAUUUCCUCAAGAAAGCGUAUGCGUUGGUGGAUGAUCCUUCAACGGAUUCUAUUGUCUCAUGGGCGCCCAAUGGUUUGUCUUUCGUAGUUUGGCAACCGCUGGAGUUUACUAAAGACCUUCUUCCCCGACACUUGCAAAUCACCCACUUCGCAAAAUUUCAUACAUAUGGAUUUAGUAAGCUUGUUAUAUCGUCUGGACAACAAUUGGAAUUCAUGUGCAAUGAUUUUGUGAGAGGCAAGCCUGAGCUUUUGGACAAGAUUGCCCAACGCUAUGUGGCAAGGAUGAAAGAUACGGAACUUUGGAAAAUAGAUGAAAGACUGGAAAAUGCCACUUCCAAGGAAGAGUAUGAUUUAGCCAUGAAGGACAAGGAGGAGAUGUUUGCCAGGAAGAGCAAGGAGAGAAAGGCGAUAAUGGCCACAAGGAGGAAAUCAACAUAAUCUUCCAGCGCGACGUCUCGAGGUGCAAGUGUAGCAUCUUGGAAUCUCAAAUAUCUAUCCUUAUGAAUAAAAUCAUGUAUCUAUCUAUCUCUUCUUUAUUGCACAACUUUCUUAUUUUAUCUCUGAAUUUCGCUACUAUUUGGUCUCUGGAUUCUGUUUCAUUUGUUCCUCUACACGAUUCUGUUAGGAUUCUUA